UUAAAACAAGAACGAACCGUCGACCUCCUCUUUGUACAUACAAUAAAAUAAAAAUACUAAAUAACUAGGCAACAACAAUUCAACGACCUAUAUCAUUAGACCGCCACUGGAAUAGUAUGUGUAGCAUUCCCGUGGACACAAAAACAAAACAGAAAGUACCUGCUGUCCGUUCGGACAUUAUGUUGUUGAGUGCCAGUAUCUCUGGUUUCCUGGUUUCUUCUUUACCAAGCUUCUACUCCGAGCAGUGGACAUCCUGGACCAGAACCCUGAACUCCUAAUGCAUGUGAAAAUGUGAAAACAUGUUAGCAGUGAUUCCAAAGCUCUAAGUAAAUAUACUGUUGAGGCUGAAUAACCAGAGCAGAUCUACCUUCUAUGCUGCUAACUUGCUAACCAGUGACCUGAAGAAAACCCAGUGGCACAUACAAAUUGUGAGGAAGAAACAUUUCAUUCUUCCUAUAAUGCAAGAUAAAGAGAGUGAAUCUCCCCAGCGCUUUCAAGAUGAUCAGUAGUUUGGAGAUCAUUUUUAUUAUUGCUGCUAUUUUCUUCAUGAAUUUGGAACUCUGUUUGUGUGUGUGUGGCCGGGCUGAAUAUAAAAUAAAUGGAGAAUGUUGUCCCAUGUGUGCACCAGGAAACUGUGUUUAUAGGCACUGCACUGAGGACACUAGUACCACCUGUGUUCCAUGUCUUGAAUCAACUUACACCGCUGUACCCAAUGGCCUAGAAAAAUGCCUAAUCUGUUCUGUUUGUGAUCCUGAAUAUGGUUUAAAAAUAAAAAUGAAAUGCACACAGUCUUCAGAUACAGUUUGUGAGCCACUGGAGGGAUAUUACUGUAUGGACCAAGUUAGGGACAGCUGUACACAAGCAAUGAAGCACACCAGAUGCAGCCCUGGACAAUACAUAAAGCAGAAAGGAACAGCACUUAAAGAUACCACAUGUGAUACAUGUACUGCUGGUACCUACUCAAAUGGCACUUUUCAAACUUGUCAGCCACAUUCAAAAUGUGAAGUCUGGGGACUUUCAGAAAUAAAGCCAGGAAAUAAUUCUUCUGAUGUGGAAUGUGGAAGGCAAACUCCUGUUCCUGUAAUAGCUGGAAUUAUAGUUCCUGUGGCCAUGGUGGUGGUGGUGGUUACAACAGUGGCACUAGUCAUAUCUUUUAAAAAGAAGUACACACCUGUCCCACCUGUAGAUGUCACACUCACAAACUGGACAACCUGGAUCUGGGCUCCUUCCACUGCUAUGGACCUUCCUCACUGAGUCCACAAUGUGAGAGGAUUAGAAACCAUCUCCUACUCUAAUCCUGGAUACAGGCACCCCACAGAUCUGGGUGUGCCUUCAUCCACCCUGUCAGCACCACAAUCAAAUUCACUGAUGACACCAUAAUAGGUGAUGUCUGAUCUCAGACAGCGAAGAAACAGCCUACAAGAACAAGGUGGAACACUGGUGUAAGGAUCACGACCUUUUCUUAAUACCGCAAACACAAAAGGAAUUCAUUGUGGACUUCAGAAAGGCUAUGAAAGCAGACCACUUCCUAGUGAACUCUGACCGGAGCACCACUGAGAGCAUCCUCUCCAGCUGCAUAUCUGUGGCAUGCUUGCUGCACAGUGGCAGAACAGAAGGAUCUGCAUCGGGUGUUGAGGGAGUCUCAGUGAGUAAUCGUGUCUGAACUACCACACCUGGAUAGUGUGUGUGCUAGCCAACUAAAGAAGAAACCAGCAGCUUCAGCAGAGACACCACACACCCGGGACACUGGCUUUACUCCUUAGGCAAAUACAAUGACAUGACCUUUUCAACAACCAAUAGCUGAGCUCUCUCCAGUACCAAAUAGGAAGCUGCUAAUUGGAUAGAGGACCAUGUCUGUUGGAUGAGACAUGGAGGAGACUCUGGGAAGGCUGAUUCUUUUUCAUUUCUGUUGCUUUAUCAGAACAAACCAUGCACACACAAAGGCUUCUGUUUCUGCUCCAUUAUUCAAUGGUUUCUUCUUGUAAAUUACCAACAAGAGUAGCAUCUGGAAAACAAA